CUCGCAGUCUUUCCUUUUCUUCGUUUGAUUCCCUCCCGCCGCCGCCGCCGCCGCCGGAGACGCCGAACCACGACAGCGCCCCAGCGUUUCUCCUCCCGCUGGAGUAGUAAGGAGCCGGAGAAAAGCAGCGCAAGAGAGAUGUGGUACCUAUGCGUCUUCUACCACAGGCUCCUGGACUACCGGCGGCCGGAGGUGGAGUCCCUCGCCGAGCUCUUCGCCGGCCCUGGGGGCGGCGAAUCCGUCGAGUGGCGUAUGCCGGAGAACCACCACGUAGACUCCCCUUUCCACCUCGUUCGCCUCCCCGGAGACGAGCGCCUCGCCGCCCAGGUCGCCAACCGCAGCUUGUUGGUCAAGGGGAUCUACGAGCUCUGGGGCCAUGGCACCACCUACGAGGAGCUGGAGAAGUCGGUCACGGAGUACCCCGACGAGAGGAAGCUGCCGUUCCUAACCCCGGAAAGCACCUUCAAGAUCGUUAUCGACAGCUUUGGCAAGGUGAUCAGCUCCCAAGAGCAGAACGAGAUCAUAGAGAGCCUCACUUACAUACCAUUUAAGGGACGUGUUAAUCUGAAGAAGCCUGAUCACAAGUUCUUUGUCAUGGAGACAGAUGACUAUGGCUCGAACAAUGGUCUCCCACCGGUUGUGAAGAGGUCAAUAUUCUUUGGCCGGGAGGUUGGAGCAGCUGAUAGGCAUCUCCUGCCAACAUACCAGCUCAAGAGUAGGAAGUACAUUGGCCCGACUGCAAUGGAUGCUGAAAUGGCUUUUCUCAUGGCCAAUCAGGGUCUGGCCCGGCCUGGGAAGCUUGUCUAUGACCCUUUUGUUGGGACCGGUAGCAUUUUGGUCGCAGCUGCGCAUUUUGGAGCUAUGACAAUGGGUGCAGAUAUCGAUAUAAGGGUUGUGCGGGAUGGCCGAGGCCCCGAUUGCAAUGUUUGGAGCAACUUUGAGCAGUACAAGUUACCAGAGCCUUUGUGUUUGCUAAGGGCAGACAACAAUCUCCCACCCUGGCGCCCAGGAUUGAAGGAGAUGUUCGAUGCAAUAAUUUGUGAUCCACCAUAUGGAGUCCGGGCUGGUGGCCGGAAGUCUGGUGGUCGGAAGCUCAUAAAAGGCGUCAAAGGCCCUUACACAGUGCCGGAUGAGAAACGGGACAACCACAUCCCAUCAACAGCGCCAUACAGCCUCGCCGAGUGCGUUCAUGACCUCCUCCACCUCGCUGCAAGGAUGGUAGUCAUGGGGGGCAGGCUCGUCUUCUUCUACCCUGUAUUGCGAGGUGAAGAUGGCGCUGCCAGCCCGCAGUUCCCUGAGCACCCAUGCUUCAAGCUGAUCACCUCCUCUGAGCAGAUCCUGAGCUUUCGGUACAGCCGGGUUCUGCUGACCAUGGUGAAGGUCGCACCCUACACCGAGGAGAUUGAGAAGAUGGCCGCAGAGAGGCACCAGGAGUUCAGGGAGAACCACCACAAGUGGAUGGAGGAGGGCAAUCUCCACUCUGCCGUGUUUGAGCCAGCGGAUGGGAAGCCUGAUAGAGACUCCAAGCCCAAAUACAGAGGCAAGUACGUGUAGCAGCGCAGAUACUAACUCGUUGAAUUUAGUGGAAAGACAUUUUUAAUGGUGUCCUGUUCUGCAUCCUGAGCUAGAAGAGUGUUGGCAGGCGCUGCGAGAUGUACCACUGUCCCAGAAUGUAAUUGUAUCUCUAUUUUGUCUGAACUUAAAUUUUUUGUUAACCUGCCUUUAACACGGCAGUCGAAAUUGGUGCUGCUUCUGCUGAAUUAUGCGGAACACAUGCCCUAUUAAAAGUACUUACGUGGAAAUUUUCUUUUCUUUCUA